CAUAAAAUAGUAAAUUAUGUCUCUACUUCCAUAUUUAUUGGAACGUCGACGCGCUUUCGAAUUGGGCUACGACGACGAUUUGCUGCAUGCGGUGACGUCGUCCCUGAUGAGUGGUGAUGUGCCAUGGCGUACUGUUUCUCAAGGUUUAACUCACACGUCAAAGAACAAGUUUCAAAUAAACCUCGACGUGCUCCACUUCUCGCCGGACGAAAUCUCUGUACGGACGGACGGGGGGUUCGUUAUCGUGGAAGGCAGGCACGACGAGAAACGUGAUGAGCACGGCUGGGUGGCACGCCAUUUCACGAGGAGGUAUGCUCUUCCAGAAGGCUGUACUGAAGAUUCGGUCCAGUCUCGCCUGUCCUCUGAUGGUGUUCUGACAGUGACGGCGAUGCUGGACGCGCCACAGGCUAACGAGCGCGUCGUGCCCAUCGUUUGCACUGGGCCGGUGCGACAGCAGGGCUCGGACGUUAAGCUAUAAAGCCUUCGCUUGACGGUUUAUGCCAAUAAAAUUAAGUUUGCUUAA